CAUUUGGGUUUUUAUUGCUUUAAAUGGUCCUGCUAGUGACCGGUGUGAAUGACCUAGACAUUUGUUGAGAUGCGCACCAAAAAGAUUAUUAUUAAUUUUGGAACAUCUCAUGUAUGAAGAGGUAAGGCCGUAUUCGGUUCUUGGAUUUGUGCACGGAUUUGUGAAUAUAAAUUUGGGCGUAAUGCAUUGCAUUGGAGGUACAGAUGAAUAUUAGUCCCAUAAUGUUUUUAUUGUUUAAAUAUGUUCAUAUCUCUCUUCAAGGGAGUCAAGAAUUACUUGCAAAAACAGAAGCAGCCGCAUUAUCUCCUGGUGUCAAGCUACUUCAGCACAGAAAGUGAUGGCUUCAAAUCGUGGUCCAGAAUCAUUUCAGGCCUUACCCAUAAUAGUCCCAACUCCGAAAUGGCCUUGGUUGGUGCUUCAGAAAUGCUCAACUCUGGUAUCAAACCCAAUGGCUACGUUCUGGUGCACCUGAUCCGAUCAUCCACGAAAACUGGUUUCCAUUCUUACGGAGUUCAACUUCACGGCUACGCCCUGCGAGCUGGGUUUGUACCCAAUGUAUUCAUCUCCACUUCCCUCGUCAAUUUUUAUGUGAAAUUUGAUUCAUUGGGUGAUGCCCACAAAGUGUUUGAUGAAAUUCCUCAACCAAGUGAAGUUUCUUGGAAUUCGUUGAUCUCUGGCUACGUGCAUUCUGGGCAGUUUCGGAGUGCAUUGGAUUUGUUUCUUCAAUUGGACAGGUCUGAGAUUUGUGCAGAUUCGUUCUCUUUUUCGGCCGCUUUAUCGGUGUGUGGCCAACUAAGCUUGCUGCAGUUGGGGAAAUUGAUUCACUCCAAAGUUGUGAAAGUUGGUGUGGAAUGUAGCGUCAUCAUCGCAAAUUGCUUAAUUGACAUGUAUGGGAAAUGUGGGUCUGUUCAAGAAGCGAUUUGGGUGUUCGACGAAAUUGAUGACAAGGACAUCAUUUCUUGGAAUUCAGCGAUUGCAGCAAGUGCUAGGAACCGAAAACUUGAACAAGCAGUCAGAUUUUUGCAUCAGAUGCCAAUUCCUGAUACGAUCUCAUACAAUGAAGUGAUUAACGGCUUCGCACAGUUUGGAAACAUCGACGCUGCCAUUCACAUACUAUCACGUAUGCCGAACUCCAAUUCAUCUUCUUGGAAUGCAAUAAUAACAGGAUAUGUCAACCGCAACCAAGCACGAGAAGCCCUGGCUUUCUUCAGUAGUAUGCAUUCGAAUGACAUAGAAAUGGAUCAAUUCACAUUUUCGAUCAUAUUAAGUGGCAUUGCUAGCCUCUCUAGUCUUACAUGGGGUGUUUUGAUCCAUUGUUGCACGAUAAAGUGUGGUUUGGAUGCAUCCAUUGUUGUUGGGAGUGCUCUAAUUGAUAUGUACUUCAAAUGUGGACAGGUAGAAGAUGCCGAACAAUUUUUUGAAUCAUUACCCAGAAAAAAUUUGGUAACGUGGAACGCAUUGGUAUCAGGGUUUGCUCACAAUGGUGAUUCGGCCAAGGUGAUUGAGCUCUAUGAGCAGUUGAAAAUGGUAAAAGAUCUUAAACCAGAUGGAAUCACUUUCCUCAAUGUCUUAUCUGCGUGUUGGCAUAAUCGAACUCCAUAUGAGGUUGCAAACCAUUACUUUGAAUCGAUGAUCAAGAAUUAUGGGAUUGACGCGACACCUGAGCACUGUGCUUCGAUGAUUAGGCUAAUGGGACAAUGGGGAGAGGUGUGGAGGGGAGAGAGGAUGAUAUGUGAACUAGGGUUUGGAUCGUGUGGGUUGGUGUGGAGAGCUUUGCUUGGUGCUUGUGGAGCUUGUGGGGAUCUGAAAGUUGCAGAGUUAGCUGCUGCUAAGGUGAUUGAAUUGGAAGGGGAUAAGGAGUUUGUUUAUGUUAUGAUGUCCAAUAUUUAUGCAACUUAUGGAGAAUGGGGUGGUGUGAGUGUAGUUAGAGAGGUGAUGAGGCAGAGAAAUGUGAGAAAAGAAGUUGGUUGUAGCUGGAUUGAAUAGAUAAUUUGGUAGUAACAAGUUGAAUUAUGUUGCAAUGGAUUGAUGAUGUAAUUGGCAAGCAAGGAAUUUCUCUGUGCGACUUAAAGCUAUUGAGAGCAUAUUUUUGUAAUUGGCAAGCUAUUUUUUUCCUAUUGAGGGCAUACUGAUAU